AAUCAUAUUUACUUUUCCUCGUUAUGUUAAAAGUUCUCGACAACAAACUUCACAGAUCGUGACUGAGAUAAAGGGUGUUGAUUAUAGGUUCAUAAACUAAAAUAAUCUGUCAAAAGUCACUCUCACCUGUAAACAUAGAUGUCCUUUGAUACUAUCCAAACAAUGUACAUGUAGUGUGGACAGAAAUUUGGACGUCGGAGAUAGUGUCAGUGGAUAGUUAAUUAAGAAGAAAAUUAAAAUUAAAACGUAUUACAACAAUAUUUGAGAUUACACACAAAGAUGGACGCCCACAACUGUAAAACUAUGCAUUGUAUUUGUCAAUUACCUGCUAUCAGUUUUGAGAAAAUAAGAAAUAUAUACACCUGUAAAUACUGAAGAUAUAAAGACAGCUGUUGGGAACCAAAAUAUUGUGACAUUUAUUAUGAAAGGAGAACAAAUAAAAUAAAAUAGGAUUUAAUAUAACGUUUAAACCAAUAAACAGACCGUGAAAGAGGAAAAAUAAAAGAUAGGAUCAUAGUGAAUAGAAAGAAACUUUUAUGUUAUUUAAAAAUUGUGUGCAGUGCACACAGGUGUAAAGUUAUCAUCUAGAAUUUUGGACAUAUAUUCCUAAACUUCAAAUGGAUAAAACAUGUUUAAGAAAGUCCCUGAAGUAGUGUUUUCGGAUGUUGGAGAGGAUGAAUCGUACACAAUCGACUCAUUUCGACACGUGGCAGAUCGUCUGAAUCUAUCAUCGGAGGAACUUCAAACAAUCUUUGCAGCAGUUGACAGUGAUGACGAUGGUGUCAUUACUAAGAAAGACUUAUGUACACCAUCGCCAAGUCCAAGACGGAAAGGUGCACAAACAUUGGAAAGAUUACCAUCACUGGAAUCUCAUGAUACAAUUAAAACGGAUUUAGAUGUUUUGUCAGACAAAAGCCAAGAACAAGUAUGUGAUCUUUACCAACAACUGCAUGCCUCGGACAAUCCAGAACUCCUCCAACAUUUCGAAUCCAUCAUUCUCGGUGUUAUAAAAGAUGUCAGAACGUACCAAGUGGAAAACCAACGACUGGAGAAAACAUUUAAAAAAGAAAAAAUUCAACAUGACAAACAUUUGCGACAAUUGGAAGACGAAAUGGAAAGAGAAAUGUCAAAAAUGGAAGAACGAAUAAGGGAAAAAGAACAAAGAAAAGUACAACAAGAAAAAGCUCAACUGAAGAAAGAACUAGAGACAGAGUUGUUAACAUGUCAACAAAGUUACAAUGUCAUGCAACAGGUGAAAAAGGAGGGACUAGGGAAAGAAAACAAAGAAAUGGAAGAACAACUUUUGAAUUUGCAGAAAUCAUUAAAUGAUAUAUCAGUGGAAAAUAGACAAUUAAAGAGUGAAUUAACGGACAAUAAAACAAAUAUGGCUGUGGUACGGACAGAGUUGUCAACGUAUAAACAGUCCUACCAAGAAAAAGUCAGAGAAUUACACUUGGAGAAAGCCACUGUAGCAGAUAUAAUAAAAGAACAAGACAACUUGACACGACAGUUACACUUGUUACAUAAUGCUAAUAAACAACUACAUGACCAUAACGAUGAUUUAAUUGAAUCUUUCGAGAAGCGAGUACCAAACAGACAGCUGUCAUCUGUUUCAUUACCUAACUCAAUAGCAGGUGACAGAAGAGGCUCAUUAAUGAGUGACUAUCUACCUAGCGGACCAUCAUCACACAACUACUUAAUGGGAUACGAUUAUCGAGUACGAUCAUUAAAUAUAAGCCCCACACCCUCGCUGGCCGAGGAUUUACAAACAAACAACGUGUCAGUAAAUGCAUUUUCACUACCAGGACAGUCACCACGUGUCAUCCGGGCUAUAUUACCACGUGACGAGACUUGUGAGGAUGAUGAUGCGGAUGAAAUUGCAGACAGCGGUCAUUCUACCCUUCGAGAUCUCAAUGAUGAUUCUGACCCUGAAGGCCAGAAUCCUGACGAUGACUACUAUAGACGAUCACAUAACAAUAGAAGGCAUCGGAGAGAAUCUAGUUAUAUACGAAAAAAUGAGGAAAAUGAUUCACAUGAUGAAAUCGAAACAGAAGCUGAGUUUGAUCAGUUACAUUCUAAACCAAUCAGAAGAUAUGAUCCCGUCAGAUUGAGUUCCGGAAGUAAUAGCAGCAGAAAGUCACGGACAAGGUCAAAGAACAGGGAUAGGGAUAGGGAUACAGACCACGGAGGCAGAUCAUCACCUGCAAUCCAUAGAAACAGCUUAAUACGAAAAACCAGCAACGGCUCACAAGAGAGAAGUGCAAAUAGAGACCCAGAUAGAAUGUAUAAAAUUGUGUUGGCAGGAGAUGCAGCUGUUGGAAAAUCUUGUUUCAUAAUGAGGCUUUGUAAAGGAAAAUUUGUUAGCAAUCUCAGUUCGACAUUAGGUGUGGACUUUCAGACAAAGGUUUUAGAGGUAGAUGACAAGACUGUAGCUUUACAACUGUGGGAUACUGCUGGCCAAGAAAGGUUCCGAAGUAUUGCUAAAUCUUAUUUCCGCCGAGCUGAUGGUGUGUUUCUUCUGUAUGAUUGUACAUAUGAACGAUCCUUUCUUAGUAUCAGGGAGUGGGUUGAAGCAAUCGAGGAUGGUGCUCAAAAGAAAAUCCCAAUAAUGUUGAUUGGCAAUAAAACAGACAUGCGACCAGAAGCAGAAAAACAGGGACGACGUGUGGUCGCUCAUAACGUUGGACAAAAGUUGGCAAAGGAUGUAAGUGCUUUAUUCAUAGAAACUAGUGCUAAAGAUGGCUCUAAUAUAACAGAAGCAAUAACCGAAUUAACAAGAUUAAUGCGAGCAAACGAGGAUUUAGAGGUCAAAACAGUUGGGCUUCAGCUGCAUGAAAAACCAGAAGAAAAAAGAGCCUGCUGUGGACGUUGACAUUUUCGAAUAUAUAUAUAUGCAUCAAUCAUACACUUGUUAAAUAUAACACAUGUACAAAUAUCAUUUUUAUUUAAAUUGACAAACAUGUCAUAUUUCAGAGUAAUGAAGGGUAUUAGACCUAAUGUUGUAAUACAUGGGUCGGUUACAAGCAUUUAUUGUUUUGAACUUGGUGUAUAUAUUGUUAAUAUUUUUGUGAAACUUUUCAUUACACAAUGGUGCAAACAAUAGUUUUCCAAUUUCUUUCAUUCUUUGGUUUAUCUGUUUUGAUUGUGAAGAAACAAAUGUUUGAUUUUGAGAUACUAUCGUCUUAAGGUAAAGUCAAAAGCUACCAUGGUGGCUAUCAAAACCCAAAAUAUCGAAGACAAGAAGACAACACCAUGUCCAAAAAAGAACGAAAAGAAAAGAAUAGGACUCCACAAAACAUUAUAUCAAAAAAUAUAGCUUGAGCAACAUGAACUCUACCAAGAAUCGGUGGGGAUUUCAGGUCCUCUUGAUUUUGAUUUACAAAACAUAAGACAAGGAAGAUAUUAGAUAAAGUUUAUUGCAUAGUACUAUUUAGUAAAGAAAAUAAUUAUAUUUUACAUCUUACGCAAUAGAUUGUUGAUAGUGUUACGUAUAUUUAUUUGCAAUAACAUAGCUUUAUUUAAUUUUAUAUUAAUUAAUGUACAUAAUGUAGAAGCAAUUGCCAGUCAUGUAAAUAGAAAAAAAACUGUUUAAGUACAAGACUUAUGUUGUUGGAUGAUGAUGGAAACAAUGCUGGUUGAAUUAAAUUUUAAUUCUUUAUUGUGUGAUAAAUAUUGUGUACCAUUAUUAAGUUAUUGUACAUUUUUAUUCAUUAUUUAAUUGCAAAAUAAUGUUCCACUUAGGACGUUAACGAAAAUUUGCAAAUUAUUUUCCCUGCUAUUGCCUGGUGCAAUAUUGUUGAGCAAUAGCAAAAACUAAGAGUUAUUACACAAACAAUGACAAAUAUUAAAUGUAUUUGAAAAUUUACUGCACUCUCAAACUUGUGCAAUAUUUAGUGCAAUGACCUUAAUAUUGUUAUGUCGCCUAUUUCCACAAAUGUUUCAUGAAUGUAGUACCCAAACGAUUUCCGAUUACAUCUGAAAUGACGAACGUAGUAUGAAGGAAUGACUUCUUUGAAAUAUGUUGAAUGAUCACCGUAGAUGUCUUACAUGUAAUGGUUUUCUUUAUAAAAAAAAAAUAUUAAAAGACCAGCACAAUCAAUUUUAACAAUACUUUCCAUUCAAUUCGCUGUUUAAGAAUUUUAAGGACUAUGGGUCAUUGUUCUUACCCCCCCCCCCCCCCCCCCGAAAAAAAAACCGUCAACCCUUUUCUAUUGAUUAGGACAAGUUACAAUAAUCUGUUUUCAUGAGGCAAAACGAAACUGUGCAAUGACACCAUAUGACAUAUCAUGGACAUUUGUCUCUUGUUGUUGCUGUCCUUGAAAUAGCCUGACUGGACAAUGCAUACAAUUAACAAGUUAUUGUUGUGAUAACCGUUAUUGCUAUAUCUCUGCCCAUUCAGAAAGGACCAGAGAUCAGUUUCACAAAAAAUCUUACGACUAAAGUUGAUCGUAAGUAUACUGAAUUGUUGAUGACGUACGAUCAACUUUAGUCAUAAGAUUUUUUGUGAAACUGAUCUCUGGUGAAUAACUUUUGUUGUUAUUUAUUAAAUGUAUUUAUCAUCUAUUGUAAUCAUUUGUCAUUUGGGUAAUUGUUACUGAGAAGAAACUUUCUGAACGUCUUUCAUGUAUAUUUCAUAUACCAGCUUAACAUUGACAUUAUAAUACUUACAUACAUUUUGUUAGAUUUCAUAAUGGUUGACUUUGAGAUUGUUGUUAUGAUAAUUAUUAUGUUUUGAGUCAGCACAACGGUCAAAUCCGUGAAAGUGAUGUUUUUGAAAAAUUGAAACAUAGACAUUUAAUUGGUUAAAACAAAGUUGUAUUAUUCAUUACAUCAAUAAGAUUUAAGUAAAAUUUGCAUUUAAACCUUACUGAACUAUUAACAUUGUAACAAGUGCUGUAAUGUACUAUAAUACAUUAUAUUAGAACUAAUAAAACAACAAGCUUCUAAUACUAGUUACUGAUCCAACUCGUAUGAUUUCGUCGUUUUUCGUUACGAGGCAUUCAUUGUCGGUCUAAUCAAGUAGAGAUACGGGAAAAGUAUUUCCUACCUUACUAGUUUUCACUGCAACUAUUUUCUACAGAGAAAAAAAAUCGACGACUAAAUAUAUUAAUAAUAUACGAUGUUUAUAUGGAAAUAAAAAAUAAUUUUAACUUAAAAUAUUUUUGGUAAACACAUUAACAUUAUAGGAUAAAUACUAUAUAAAUUUUCCCCUUUUUUGGCAUGGUAGAUAUCGGGUAUGAAAUUAAACGAAAAUAAUAGCAGCUUUUAAAAGUAUGCAAUAGAACAUUGUAGCAUCUAAGAUAGAAAUGUGCAGUACUGACAGUAGAAAAUUCCUUUGGUUUUAUAGUAUCUAUAAUUUCGACGGUCGAUGAAAGUAUUUAUUGGGUUAAUGUUUAUAUUGUCGGAUGAUCAUCUAGAUGUAUUUUUUUAAUGGUUUGUGUUUUGAGAUUUUAACGAUAUUUACAGUAAAAAUUGAGAAACUUUGAAUAACAGGGUUUUUAAGUGCUAGGGAUUAAUAGCGAAUAAUACCAUCAGCGAUUAGUUAUUUAACUCUGAUAAUGCCUGUACGUAGCUAAUUUAAUGUAUGAUCACACGAAAUAGCUUUGUUCACUUGAAUGCAACAUUUUAGUUCCUACAGCCAGCGUUAAAGUCAGUAGAAAAAAUGUUUUAUCGUAUCGCGCCUUGAUUAGACUGAUUGUCAUUUAUAAAACUGAUCUCGAAAUACUCUGGGAGAAGUGAUUGUAGUGGCUAUUUUUACAAUCAUGAGUGUCUUCUGUUACUCGUGUUUCAUACUUUCAUGUUUUAGUUGUUGCUUCAAAGUAUAAAAAGAGAAAUAAAUGCUUUCCUAAUUUG